AUGGCAACUCCGGCCCUUGCAGAUGUCAUGAGGCCACAGGGCCACUGCAACACCGACCCCAUGGAGAGGGACCUCAACAUUGUGGUUCAUGUCCAGCAUUAUGAAAACAUGGAUACCAGAACUCCCAUAAAUAAUCUUCAUGCUACGCAGAUGAACAACGCGGUGCCCACCUCCCCUUUGCUCCAGCAGAUGGGCCAUCCGCAUUCGUACCCCAGCCUGGGCCAGAUCUCUAAUCCCUACGAGCAGCAGCCGCCAGGCAAAGAGCUCAACAAAUAUGCCUCCCUGAAGGCGGUUGGAAGUUCUGAUGGUGACUGGGCAGUGGCGACACUUAAGUCACCAAAAGCCGACAAGGUCAAUGAUGACUUCUACUCCAAGCGACGGCACCUGGCCGAGCUGGCCGCCAAGGGGAACCUACCUCUGCACCCAGUAAGAGUGGAAGAUGAGCCACGGGCCUUCAGCCCUGAGCAUGGGCCCGCCAAGCAAAAUGGACAGAAGUCACGCACCAACAAGACGCCCCCACAUCCCCUGGCCUACAACUCCACCACCAACUUCAAGGGCUGGGACCCCAACGAGCAGUCUCUCCGGCGGCAGGCUUACGGUAACAAGGGCAAACUUGGCGUAGCCGAGUCGGGCUCCAGCGACCCCUUGGGGACUCGCACCCAGCACUACCCACCCCCACAGCCAUACUUCAUCACCAACAGCAAAACAGAAGUGACUGUCUGA